CGCUUCGUGUUGUUUUCUGCUUCGGUAGCUUUCGGGCAGGUGGAAUCUGCGUCCAGAUACUUUGGUUAAAGCUCGCCUGACGCCUGGCAUGAGCAAUUAUGUGAGGUCAUUUUAGGAAGACGGGAAAAGGAUAUUCUAUUCUACAAUAAUGCUAUUUUCUGCGCUGGUGUAUAAAUAUGGUUAGCCUGGAAAUAUUUGACAUGGUGAGAUGCGACAAUUAGUCCCCGGCUAGCUGUCGGAACGCGAUGUAACUUGUAGCUAGUCGACGCAUCUCUCUGGAAAGCUGUGGACUGCUCCCAGCUCAUUUAAACCUUUGAAUGGAAAUGCAAUAAAUGGAGGACGUGGAGAAUUCGGGGGAAAGUGGGAGAGCAAGUUCGUUUUCACGCAGUCUGGAAAAUACUCAUUAUCCAAAUUAAUUUUCCGCAAGUGUGUAGGCUUUUUUCUUUCUUUUUUUUUUUACUGCUGGCAGCCAGUGUCAUAGCUAACCAUUGGGAUGCUUUUCUUUUUUGAUGGAACAAAAAGACGAAGCACAUUCUCGUUAAUUCAAUGUGUACACUAUAAAUGAUGAAUAGAUUGACAUUCACGCAAUAAACAGGUCCUGCUGUCUUAACUGUCAACGACAUCUGGUAUAAAUAGGCUAUUAGCAAUAAUUAAAGGAGUGCAACUGGAAAUUAUGGAUGAAGGUAAUGUUCACGAGACCAUACCAGAUUUAAAAGACCUAGAGAUCAAAAUUGGGAGGAAAACGCCAGAGGGACUGCUUAAGUGGAUGCGGGAAGAUGCCUCACAUCGUGGAGACAGCAUUCUAAAAACACAGGAGUGUAAAGAUCUGGACCUCGGGAGGAAGGGCCUCUCUGAAAAAAUAAGAGACUUAAAACUGGAAAUGGCACACCUGCGCUCUGUGGACGUGCGGAUCCUGCAGCAGCUGCUGGCGGUGCACGAGGGCAUCGAGGCCGUCAAGUGGCUCCUGGAGGAGCGCAGCACCCUGACCAGCCACUGCAGCAGCCUGACCAGCAGCCAGUACAGCCUGGGCGAGGGGCUCGACACCUCCCUGCGGGGCAGCUGGAGCAGCCUGCACGACCCCAACGACAAGCUGGACAACAUCUCGGUGGGCAGCUACCUGGACACGCUGGCCGACGACCUGGACGAGUACUGCCCCUCCAGCUCCGAGUCGGUCCUCUGCUCCACCCUCCUGGGGACGGAGGCCCCCCCGCCGGGCUCCCCCCCAGUCAGGGCCGAGAAAGAGGAGCCGCCGGUGUGGGCCAAGCCGAUCUCGGAGGGCCCCAAAGCUCCGGAGGCUGGGAGGGCCACGCCCUCCGGUGGCGGCCAGGCGCAGCCGGGCAGGAGCAACGGUCUCCCCGAUGCGGGGUGCAGGCAGGCGGGCGGCCCGGAGUCGGCCCGGGCCUGCCUCGCCGAGAAGCUGGCCAAGAGCCAGAGCCCCAAACUCAAACCCUACAAGAACGGCAAGGUGGACCUGGAGGGGUGCAAGCUGAACAGCAAGAUGCACCUGGAGUACGACGCCCACUGGCGCUGGGUGCAGUCGCAGGACGACGUAACGUUUUUGUGAGACGCGCGUGCCAGCGGUUGAAAUCCCCUCCUGCUCCGGGCUUUGUCAUCCCUGCGGUGUUUCUGUUAGGAGGCCUUUAGAGUGUGGCCCUGCAGUGAAAGCUCUGCUGAGGUACAGGGGGAGCUGCUGGCUGGCUGAAGUUGCCAGUGUAACCCACGGUUUAAUCAAGCGUUGCAUUGUGCGGUGCUCCUCAGGUGUGUUUCGUUUCCAGCCUCACUGGAUGAGUAGUGGUGAGUCCAGUCCUUAGCUCCAUAGUUACUGUUGCCAGACCCGGGUCAAAUACGUAUUUGUUUUGGAUUCAAAUACUUUUUCUGUGCUCUGUUGAUCUUGCCUGGUGUAACUGAGCCUGCCAAUAUGACCGGAAGGUGGGGUUUGCACUUUUUGAGAGUAUUUCAUUGGUUCCAAUACACCAGGCAAGAUCAAUAAAGUGGUGAAAAGUAUUUGAAUAAAAAAAACAAAUACGUAUUUGACCCAGGUCUGACUGUUGCAUAGUCUGUUUCAGUAAGACCCCCUUCACGCUCAGCAGUUGAAGGUGGUGAGUUCAGAACAGGCACUUCACAGCUAGCGUCCUCCAUCAGUGUGAAGGUUGGCAGGACUUCAUUUGUU